GUAGAAUUCAUUUGGUGGAGAAUUAUAUCAAUAAUAUUGUGUUUAUAUCAGGCCAUCCAUUUAUUACGUCAAAAUUUGGUAGUUAUACAUCGAAAACCUUAAUUUAAUAUGAUUGAAAUAAUAUGGAAAAGAAAAUAUCCCAAUAUAGACGUGAAUCAGAGAAACAUAAAUAAUGGAUUACAUCCUGUUAAAGACGUAGUUAUAUCUUCAGAGAUUUCCGGUCGUGUGCUUCGUGAUCUAAUAUUCAGAACAGUUCAAAGACGUUUAUUCUAGAGAACUUCCUAAUAUAUAUUAUUAAUUUCGUCAAUGGCUAUGUGAAAAAAAAUGUACAUUUGUGGAUUUUAAAACAUAACUGGCUGUCAGUGUUCACUAUAGAGUCUAUUUUUUAGCAAGGCAAAGACAAUGUAGUUUACACGUGUUCUUAAUAUUAAGAACAAACACAGAAUGGCAGGCCUUUUCAUAAGUAAAUCUCUGGAAAAAGGAACAUUUACACUAGUACUGCUUUGUGUGAUAUUAUCUUACAAGGGAGUGACAUCUUCGGUUGUUCCCGGUGAGAGGUAUCGUGGUCCUGUUGUCCGGGUUGUGGGGAUGAUUGGACAACAGCAGUGUGUCCGGGAAUGUAGACACAGACCCAAGCUAUGUCGGGGAGUCAACUACCGGAAACAGGAACUGCUGUGUGAACUCGUGUCGGCCAUCAACAAAACGGAACCGAAACCUGACUAUGUCAGAAUUGAACUCCAUCAGAACGAUGUACCAGACGAGUGCAUGGCGUGCUCUACUGACGAUCUGUGUGUGACGCUCUCUAGUAAGAAAGUUCACUGUAUUCGAGACAAUGGCAGUCCGACGGAUUGUACAUCCCUGCACAACAUCAACUGUGGCCUGCCUAAUGGACUGUACAGAGUACGUCUACCAUACCUAGGUCACGUGACAGUUUUCUGUGACAUGGACAAAGAUGGCGGUGGAUGGACAGUGUUUCAACGUCGUCAGGAUGGUUCGGAGGAUUUUUACCGAACCUGGACAGAGUACAAGAACGGAUUUGGAGAUUUGAGCUCCGAGUUUUGGCUAGGUAAUGACGAACUACACUAUCUGCUGAGUCAGGGGACGUAUGAGAUGAGGAUGGAUAUGGAGGACUUUGACAACCAGACACGUUACGUCAAGUACAGCAGUUUUAACGUAGGAGACGAAUCAACCAAAUACACCAUCACGUUGUCGGGCUUCUCGGGAGAUGUUGAUAACUGUUUCACGAGUACAACUUUAAAUAACCCGAUAAACAAUAUGAAGUUCUCCACAUGGGAUGACGACAAUGACCUUCAGUCAGGUUACAGCUGUGCUUCAUCGUGGAAGUCAGGGUGGUGGCACAAAGGUUGUUCCUGUUCUAACCCGAAUGGUCUCUACCUAAGAGGGGAGACUUCGUUACAAAAUCAGGGGAUCACCUAUGGACCAUGGCGGAAUUUUUGGUAUUCGCUGAAAAAGACACAGCUCAUGGUCAGAAGAGUAAAUUAGGCAAUAAAGACAACUACGUGUGGUUUGAAAGACCGUUAGUAGCCUUCUCAUGUUUCUGCCUAUUUAUUUAUAGAUAGAAUUGACAGAUUUACCCUUUGUGUAUCACAAACGUGAACAAAUAAUGACUAACAAUUUCUUUUUGUGUGUUUUAAAUUAUAUCUUCUAGUUAACUAUUUAUCUUUCUUUUUGCGAAAAGUUAUUAAAAAAAAUUAUACACUGUCAUUCGAUUUUAUUAUCUAGUAUUUAGGAAAAUUAAUGAGUGGAAAGAAGAAAGGUGUGUACCAAAAAUAUCUGUUUUUAAUGGACCAGCUUUUUUUCAAUCAAGUAACUGAGUGUGAAAACUUUUCCUCCACUUUUCUUGUAAUUUUAUUCACAUAUGUACAGUAUUAAUAUUAAAAAAAAAAAUUUUCACAAGCCUUUUGAAAAAUAAAGGGUUAGAAUGCUAUUUAUAAAAGUAAUAUUUAUCAGUAAUCAGUGAUUUAUUUGGUUGAUUUGUAGAGUCAUUCCUACAUGAGUAAUUAAAUACAGUGAAGUCAAUUGCAUAGGUUCUGAUACCAUAUAUCUGGUAAGAUUUAUGUUUUGUGUGACUAACAUAUAAAUGUAUGUGGUGUCCAAAUUGUCUAAACUUUGUCUAUACUUAUUUUUGACAUUUAUAUCUAAAAGUCAUAAUUAUGCAUAUAUGUGAUACAUUUACAAAUUGAUCAUUCUUAAUAAUAAUGGUGAAAUAUGAACAAUUGAUUGUAUUUUAAUUUGAUCUAUUUUCCAUUUCAUUAAAGUAGUAAAUGUGAUUGAAUUAUGAAAUGGAGUUAUUGUACUUGAUAUAUGUGUUUAUGUUGUCAUUUAACUAAGGACAUCAUGACGAGAUAAUGGAAAAUUUUGACACUUUCGAAGCUUUUACAUGGAGAGAAAAACAAAAAAAGACUCAUCGAGUUAAGCCGUAAGACUUAAUGAAAUGAUUGAAUGAAAUGAUUUCUCUUUGGAGUUAAGAAUUUACUUAAAGAAAUGUUCCUGUUGACAAGCAGAUUCAACGUUUUAUCGAAAAACAUCGUGAUGAUUUGAGGAUUAUUGCUGACAAAAAAGUCAACGAAGAUUACAGAAUGAAAGCUAUAUAUGAGGGGUCAUCAUUCGUAAUUUAUUGAAAUGGAAUUUGAGUAAAGUUCGAUUUGCUAAAACUAAAAUAAAAGAAAACGUUAAUUGAAGAGUAUAAUAGGAGUGGACCUUAAUCCAGAAUGGAUAGGUAGGCCUUUAGCUGAUGAACGUGUAAGAGAGAAACUGGGUAGAUUAGAGAAAUUGAUUGUUAAGGCUGUUGUUUACUCACGAUAUUUUAACACAAACGGGUCGCCGUAGUUAAUGAUGUCGUAAUUGUUUUAAGAUCCGAAAGAAGAAAAAUAUAUUUUAGAUUUAUGUAUAUAAGUCAUUUAAUUUAAACGCUUCUUUAAUUUUAUCUUUGUUGGCUUAUUAUUCAUCAAGCAAAGGAUUUUUAACUGUUUACGACAUUAUUCAUCAAGCAAAGAUUUUAAAGGCUUUACGACAUAUGGCGUAUAUCAGCGCGCGGUAACAUGUAAACAAUCGACUGUCAAACUGUUUUUGAUCUGAUUCUCGGUAAUACAAUCAUGCUAUGCUGGAAGAAACAAGGCUUCUCAAAUAAGUCAAACCAAUAUACAAUAAAUUCACGCCUUCUCGCUGGACAGGCAAUAGGACCACAGAUGAGCACAAUUAUUGCGAGAAUUCUCCUGUUAUUCAUGAUAACGAGACCGACGAUGCUCAGACUAUACAUUAUCACGAUGGCCUGGUGUAAGUUCCAGAACCCGCAGGUAGCGACGUUUCCGUCUCUUUCAAUGACUUGGAAAAUUUUAGGUAUUGCUUUAGAUGAAAAAUUUAGGAGAAUAACCCGUGCUAUCAUAUAUUAUUUAUUAUAUAAUGUAGGAAAUUUUACCACGUUUACAGUAAAUACACAUUUUUGAAGUGUAUAUUAGAAAGUGUGUUCUUUCGAGUUAAUCAAAUGAAUUGUUGUUUUAGAAUAAUUUUAGAAGUUUUAGAAUAGUACCUGCAAACUAUUAAUUUUUUUUUUACUUAUAAUGUUAUUUGGUUUCAUGUUGCACCUGUUUAACACACGAACCCAUCUGAACCAUGUAAUUUGAAAUCUGGGCGCCUACACUAGCAAGGAGAAAAACAAGCCUUUGGCAUUCCCAAUAACGAGUGACCGUUUGUUAUUGAAAAAACACCUGGAUGAACAAAUUCGUGAAAUGACAGUAGAUCUUGAAAAGCAAAGAGAUAACGUUACAUUCUGGAAAAAGUUAGCUGGAGCAGCAAUGAAGAGAAUAACCCUUUUCAACAAGCUAAGGAGUAGUGGUCUCUAAACUGCUGUGUACGAGUUAUGAAAACCGUCAAAACUGGGCAGCAACAAUAAAUGAAGAAAUAGCAAGUGGCCUGAAGCCAUUGGAGACGAUCUUACUGAAGAGGUGUGAGGUUUUUUUACUCAUCUGGGUCUCAGGGUAUAGCUCAUUAGCUUUUUAUUGUUACUUUUAUGAAAAAGAUAUGCAUUAUUUUACAAAAGAAUUUAGGCUUGGCUGAUUUUUUUCCUGAAUAUUUUGUUCUACAUUUUUUUUUUCAAACAUAUACAUUGGGGCGGGCUACUUUCACAAAGGGGUUGGGGGUGAGAAUCUGAAAAU